UGGUGAGUUGCAGUUGCAACAAAGAGCAAUUAUAUCCCAAAAAAACCCCCAAAAAUACAAAAACUGAAACUGUCCGAAAUUAAAUUCGAGAUUUAAUAUAAAUAGAUUAUGGGAAACCUACACGGCCUCCACAGGUCCCAUCACGCCGGAGAAACCUCCAACGCCCAUUUCCCACCGUCUCUAGCUCCGCCGUCUUCAUCGUCACCAUCCCGUCCCCACAUGACGACCGUGGAACCUUAUUGCCACGUAGACUCCAGCCUCCGCUCUCUCGCCGGAAAGGCCGAGGGUUUUGGCCGCGCCGCCGUCGGUGGUCUUAGCGGCCCGAUUUGCCGUGUCACUUCUCUAGCUGACGAGGGUCCAGGAUCGUUACGAGAGGCUUGUAAGAGGCCAGACCCGUUAUGGAUUGUGUUCGAUGUGUCCGGAACGAUCAAUCUGUCAUCGUUUGUGAACGUAUCAUCGCACAAAACAGUGGACGGAAGAGGGCAAAGGGUGAAGAUAACGGGGAAAGGGUUAAGGCUAAAACAAUGUGAAAACGUUAUAAUAUGUAACCUUGAAUUCGAAGGCGGUGUAGGACCAGACGCAGACGCGAUUCAGAUCAAACCAAAAUCAAGCAACAUUUGGAUUGAUCGCUGUAGUCUCAAGAAUUACCAUGACGGUUUGAUUGAUAUCACACGAGAAAGCACUGACAUUACCGUCUCAAGAUGCCAUUUCAUGAACCACAACAAGACGAUGUUGAUAGGAGCGGACGAAAGCCACGUGACGGACCGAUGCAUAAGAGUUACGAUUCAUCACUGCUUCUUCGACGGUACACGUCAGCGACACCCUCGAGUUCGCUUCGCAAAAAUCCAUCUCUACAACAACUACACUCGUCACUGGGCCAUCUACGCCGUCGGAGCCGGCGUUGAAUCUCAGAUAUACUCUCAGUGCAACAUAUAUGAAGCUGGAGAGAAGAAGACCGUCUUUAAGUACAUCACCGAGAAGGCGGGGGAUAAAGAGAAACCUGAAGCUGGUUUCAUUAGAUCAGAAGGAGAUUGGUUGUUGAAUGGUGCCAAGUCGUGUCUUAGCCACAACGGAGAGCGCCACGUGUUCUCUCCGACCCAACACUAUUCUGAAUGGACCGUCGAAUCGCCAACUGAGAAACUCAAGAACUUUAUGAAACACUCGACCGGCUGGCAGAACCUUCCGCUUCCACCCGACCAAACUACGAGCACCGCAUAGUUCUUAGCUAUUACAAUGUUUGAAUCUUCUCCAACCAGCUCUCAUUUCUAGUUUCGGGGUUUGAAAAUAUUAUUUCCCACGAUGUUAUAUUAUGGAUGCAAACUUUGGCUGCAGAAAUUUAAUAAUUUGGAUUAACUCAAUUAUAUUGGGGCGAAGUUUCUUCUAGUUU